GGAGCUGCAUAGUUUGGGCCAAAUACCCAAAACUAAACCGACCCAGUCAGUCCAUGCUCUACGACAUAGUUCUGAGCAUACAGCUCCAUCGCUCAACCAUUGCAAUCCCUUUCCCAGUUGUUGACUACCUUAAUGGACUGGGCUUUUGUACAUAAAGUUUGGGACAAGUGGGCAUCUACCUGUAUUGGUUCUUCUGGUCAACCGUUGAAGGCUGCUUUGCUUAUUAACCAUGACCCAACUGCACCCUCUCGCCUGUUGUCCACCAUUGCAGAACAAGAAGGGAUAAAUGCAAAUCCUAUUGAACUGAGCCAAUUUGUCGAUUUCAUCAAACGCUACAAACUCCAAUCUGAGAGCUUCUUCAUUGGGCUAAACCAAUAUGUUGUCACAUCAAUUCAUGAGAAUUGGUUUUCUGCAAGGUGCAUGAACACUUCAAAACCUGCUGGUGAAGGUGCUAUAGUAAUGCAUACAGCAGCAUUUCUCUUGGUUGCGUUAUAUGAUGGUUCUAUUGGCUCGGCAUCUCGUGCUAUGGUGGUGGUUGAUCAGUUUGCAUGGCAGUUGGGUCGAAAAAACCUUUGACAUUUGACCUCAUUGCAUCAUGGUGCGUUGUGCUACAAAUUGAUUACUCUGGUGCAAACCAAGUUCGUAGCAAGCAGACUUCAUCAAUGUACAGAAUUCAAGUGAACCUGGUCUUCUUGUGAAAUGGAUGAAGAGGGUUGUUCAAUAACCAUUAUGGAAUUUGAUGACAUUGUUAGUUUAGUUCUCCUUGGACUCUGUUUAAUUCUACUGGAAUUUUUCUGCUACCUCAUUGAUGUUUUAUUGUGAUCAAUUCUCUUGAUAAUAUUUGUUGUGGCAUUAGGAGAUCUCUGGAAGCAUGGCUUUUAA